GCGGGUGGAUUGCUCGCCCCGCUGCCUGGUUGGGUUUUCGCCGAGAAAACGCAGCCCAGCAAGCAACAGCCUCAUCCCCCAACCCCCAAGAACUCCCCUUUGCUCCCACCUUGCGCCGAUUUCCAGGAAUUUUUCUCCGAGCAGAUCAGCGGUGGAGCAGCCAAGCCUGAUAUAGAUGGAUCUGGAGGUCAAGGAGCCAAGGCCGUCCAGCGAGCCAAACCUCUUCCUGCAAUGGGGCAGCCGGAAGCGGCUUCGCUGCGUCAAGACGCGCGAAGAUGGCUCGCCGUCGCCAGCUCGGUCUGAGGUGGUUAGACGCACCAUACCCCGGGUGAAUCGGCCCCUUCUGGGAGGCGAUGUUGCGCAGUUUCGUUCACCGCGGCGCCCUAGCACUCUCCACCGAAGGAAAUCUGAGGCUCUGGUGGGUGAGACCAGGCAGUCCAUAUCGGUCUCGCCGGACAAGGACCGGUAUUACUCCACCAGGGGCUCCCCGUUUACUUUUGAGGGGAAUGGCUUUGAGUUCAAUGGUGGAGUGGAGGAGAAGGGCAACACUGCUCUGCCAAGAUUCUUCAUCUCAUUGUCCAACAAGGAGAAAGAGGAGGACUUCAUGGUAAUGAAGGGCUGCAAGCUCCCACAGAGGCCUAAGAAGAGGCCCAAGUUGAUGCAGAAGUGCUUGCUUACGGUGUGCCCAGGAGCAUGGCUGUCAGAUUUGACCCAUGAGAGGUAUGAAGUUAGAGAGAAGAAGAGUUCCAAAAAGAGGGCUAGAGGACUGAAGGCUCUGUGCAUGGAGAGUGAUUCAGAGUAGAGGUGGAAGAGAGAUCAAAUUUUUUUGACCUCUGGUCGAUGCAGCAAAUAGGUAGCAUUGGCGGUUCUUUAACUAGACAAACCUAAGCAGCUAAUUUAGUGGGGGGAUCAAUACAUGUCCCCCCGCUCUUCUUAUUCACACCCUGUUGAAUGUCCAUGAUCCAUCCUUUAUUUUUCUUGUUGGUAACUUCCAAGAAUUGUCAUCUGGAACCGUGAACAAUGACCGAAACAGUAAUAUUAGACCAUUCCUGAUCUAGUGAGUUUGCAGUUCAGAUAGUGGGGCGCAUGUUAAUACAGAAUGCUGGUGGGACUAUGGAGUUUGGAGGUCUCUUAGGAUUGUCAUUUGUUGUAAUGUUAUGAAACUGGAGGAAAAUUCCUGGUUAAUCAGUUGAUUUGUUGGUGCUUUA